AUGGUCUGGUGGAGAGAUCUAUCAUCACAAUCCACCCGGACCGAGACCCCGGCAGCCGGCUCAUCACGGCCUACAGCAGUGGGGCACUCUGUACUUUGUACUCACAAGGCGGGGAAGAUCCUCCUCUUGAAGUCCAGGGCAGGCGGAAUUGGUGAAACAUCUGUUCUCAAGGAGAAGUGCAAGACUGCCUUCUAUUUGGCAUAA